CCUCGCCAGAUAGUUGACAAUAUUCCAGGAAUUCAACACAAUCGAGAGUACAUCAUAGUAUCCCACUUGCUCUCAGAUUUUUCAACGAAAAAAACCACAAAAUGAAAACCCAAGGAAAAUACGGAGUGACAGCCACGGCAGCUGCCCAAGUUCUCUGCGAGGAUGUGAGAAAUUUCAGCACACGUCGCCGCAAUAUUCUCUAUCUAAUGCAUCGAUAUCUGGUGGAGAAUGGCUUCUAUUCGAGUGCCGAGUCCUUGAAAUCCGAAGGACGUCUCUCCGAGGAGUACGAGCUGUGCGACAAUAUCGACCUGGACGGCAUGUACCUGGAGUAUGCCAGCUUUUUCAACAUGAAGUUCGGUAAAUACCCCAAGAUCCUCAAGAAGGCGGGUCCCAAAAUCAAACUAGAAAUGGGCGGUAAGUCGCAGGAAAAAAAGGAGUCCAAGGAGCAGCCAGCAAAGAAACCACAAAAUCCAGAGGCUUCUGUGGCCAAUUGGCAUUUGAGUGUGGGUGCGGCAACAGCUGCCUUGAGUAAUGAACCGCUGCAGAUCAAGAAAAUGGAAACUACUACCGCGGUCGAAUCGAACACACAGGAAAAUGCCUGUGAAAUAGAACACGGUCAUUUGGGUUCGGAUGACAAUCUAUUCAGCUCGCUGGACUGGCAAUCCCUGGCCGAAUUGGUCAAGACAUCGAUACUGCAGGAGAACAUAAAACUUCGCUGGUCGGAUGUCUGUGGCAAUCAGCGGGCCAUCGAGUUGAUCAAGGAGGCCGUGCUGACCCCCAUCGAGUUUCCCCAGUUGUUUGCCCACGGCUUGAAGCCCUGGCGAUCCCUACUCCUCCACGGACCCCCAGGCAGUGGUAAAACCCUUCUGGCCAAAGCCCUCUACUCGGAGACCCAGGGUCAGGUGACGUUCUUCAAUAUAACGGCCAGCAUAAUGGUCAGCAAGUGGCGCGGUGAGUCCGAGAAAAUCUUGAGAGUGCUCUUUCACAUGGCCGCGAAACGGGCUCCCUCUGUCAUUUUUCUCGACGAGAUCGAGAGUUUGACCUCCAAAAGAGAUAGGGCCACCGACCACGAGAGCUCCAAGCGCUUUAAGAACGAACUUUUGCAGCUUUUGGACGGCAUGGAGCACACUUUGAACGGGGUUUUUGUCUUGGCCAGCACCAAUUUACCCUGGGACAUCGACGAGGCCUUUCUGCGGCGCUUCGAGAAGAAAUUGCUGGUUCAAUUGCCCAAUGAAGCGGAGAGAAGUUGCCUGAUCAGCCGUCUUUUGGGCAGCAGUAUCUCCCUGAGUCCUAGAUUACUCGAGCAUCUGGUGGAGAUCUCGAAUCAGUUCACUGGAGAUGAAAUAAGGCUGGCCUGCAAGGAGAUCAGUAUGCACCGGGUGCGUUGUGCCACCAAGAUUGCGGAUCGUUCGACUUGUCCACUUAAGGAAUCCCAGGCCGCCAUCGAGGCCAAUGUGGAGAAGGCCUUUCGGCAGGUUCGUCCUUUGGGCCAGAAACUGUUGGCCAAGCACGAGCAGUGGCAGCAGGAAAAUGGCUCCUAAGCUGGAACUACAGAUCAAUUACUUUGUAGUUUAAUAUAUAUUUUGUAUAAGCCUCUAACCGACAACUAGUUCAAUUGCGUUUUUUUUCUAAAGUAAAGCAAUAUUAAAAUGUA